AUGGCAUCUUCAUCUUCAACUUCAUCUACCCAAACGGAGAAACGAAGACAUUCGCAAUUCCGACCUUGUAUAGAUCUACAUCAAGGUGUGGUGAAGCAGAUCGUAGGUGGGACGUUGGACUUGACUUCUGAGGAUAAGAGUAAAGGCCCAAAGGAGAACUUUGUAGCUACCCAUCCUCCAUCGUACUUCGCCAACCUAUAUAAAUCUCACGACCUGACCGGAGGACACAUCAUAAAGCUCGGACCGAACAACGACGAAGCCGCUAAAGAGGCUUUAUCAACUUGGUCAAAGGGUAUGCAAGUUGGAGGAGGGAUCAAUGAGGAAAAUGCUCAACAAUGGUUAGAUUUGGGUGCAGAUAAGAUCAUCGUUACUAGCUAUCUAUUCCCUGGUGGUAAAUUCGAUGAAAGUCGGUUGAAAAGAUUAUCAGAUGAUGUAGGUAAAGAUAAUUUGGUGGUUGAUAUCAGUUGUCGAAAGAAGGAAAAUGGUUGGAUAGUAGCUAUGAAUGGGUGGAAGACUCUGACUGAUAUGUAUGUCACUCAAGAAUCAAUAAAGUUGAUUGAACAGUAUUGCUCCGAGCUGUUGAUCCACGCAGCGGACGUCGAAGGUCUAUGUCAAGGUAUAGAUGAAGAAUUAGUCAUCAAAUUGGGCGAAUGGGUCAGUAUACCCACUACUUACGCAGGAGGAGCGAAAGACAUAUCAGACUUGAAACUCGUAGAUACGUUAUCCAAAGGUAAAGUCGACUUGACAUUCGGUUCAUCAUUAGAUAUAUUCGGUGGGAAAGGCGUCAAGUUUGAUGAAUUGGUAGAAGUCGAUAAAUUAGCCAAGGAACUAUCACCAUAA